AUGGUGCACAUGAAUGUCCUGGAAGAUGCUCUCAAAAGCAUCAACAAUGCAGAAAAGCAAGGAAAAUCCCAGGUUCUCAUUAGGCCAUGCUCUAAAGCAAUUGUCCAGUUCUUAACUGUGAUGAUGAAGCAUUGUUACAUUGGCGAAUUUGAGAUCAUUGAUGAUCACAGAGUGGGAAAAGUUGUUGUGAACCUCACAGGCAGUUUAAACAAGUGUGGUGUAAUCAGACACAGAUUUUAUGUUCAAUUGAAAGAUCUAGAAAAGUGGCAGAAUAAUCUGCUACCAUCUUGUCAGUUUGGGUUUAUUGCACUUACAACCUCAGCUGGUAUCAUGGACCAUGAGGAAACAAAACGAAAACACACAGGAGGAAAAAUCCUGGGAUUCUUUUUUCUAAGGGUAUAA